AUGGUUGCUAGCGAUCACUCAACUCUCGUCUCUCGCUAUAGUGACGGUUAUGAUUGUUACGGUAUCAAGUUUGCUUCCAGUUUAUAUUUGACUAAAGUGUCGGGAGCGCUCAUGAGACAGUCGUGUCACCGUCUGCUCGAGCACCAACAGGCCGGCGGGGAAGAACCCCCGCUGUACUCACCCAUUGAUCAAAUUUCAGCGCUACCUGAUCAUGUGGGCCGGGAGGCCGGCAGCAAGCUGACACGAUAUGCGCCGGCGGAGGAGGACGAGGCGACACUCAGAGAACUUCUACUUAGCCUUCAGAGACAGGUGAGCGUGAUGAGCAUGAAUCUGUCAGCCAAGCUAGACGAGCUGCAGCGGGGCGACCGACAACUUGAGACAACGGUCGCUCUUUGCGAAAUCCGCUCUCAGCUUCAGGAACUUACGAAGAGUGUCGAGUCGUGCCAGAGUGAAGUCUCAGAGGUGAAACGGGAUAUGGUUGCUAUCAAACAAGAGCUAGACACCGUUCAACAGGUGAAGGAAGAGAUCGAAGAACUGCGAGAAUAUGUGGACCGACUCGAAGAACAUUCUCAAAGGCGUAAGCUUAAGCUGCUUGAGCAGGGUCUUACAUUCUUCUUGUCAUACGCCAUUUUAGCCGCGGUGCUCGGAAUGCUGCAGUUCGGAUACAACACUGGUGUCAUCAACGCUCCUGGCAAAAAUAUCGAAAAUUUCAUGAAAGAUGUAUACAAAGACCGGUACGGUAAAGACAUCCAAGAUGAAAACGUGAAGAAGUUAUACUCGAUAGCUGUGAGCAUCUUCGCUAUUGGUGGAAUGCUGGGCGGCUUUUCUGGAGGAAUGAUCGCAAAUCGUUUUGGGAGGAAAGGAGGUCUCUUGCUCAACAACAUUCUCGGUAUCAGCGGCGCAACUCUUAUGGGCUUCACUAAAAUAUCACACAGCUACGAAAUUCUCUUCUUCGGUAGAUUCAUCAUAGGCGUCAAUUGCGGUCUGAAUACGUCGCUUGUGCCAAUGUACAUAUCGGAGAUUGCGCCUCUCAACCUGCGUGGCGGUCUCGGAACGGUUAACCAGCUCGCCGUCACUGUUGGGAUGCUGCUCUCGCAAGUUCUCGGUAUCGAACAAAUACUUGGCACGGAUGAUGGAUGGCCCAUCUUGCUUGGUUUGGCUAUUUGCCCUGCCAUUCUACAACUAUUGCUACUGCCAGCUUGCCCUGAAUCGCCACGUUAUUUGUUAAUUACUCGACAGUGGGAAGAAGAAGCACGACGAGCGCUCCGGAGGCUACGAGCCAGCAAUCAGGUGGAAGAAGAUAUAGAAGAGAUGCGAGCUGAGGAAAGAGCGCAACAAGCCGAAGCGUCAAUAUCUAUGAGGGAACUUCUCUGCUCACCAACGUUGCGCGCGCCUUUGCUCAUAGGCGUCGUAAUGCAACUGUCGCAGCAACUUAGCGGAAUUAAUGCAGUGUUCUAUUAUUCAACUUCUCUUUUUACUACAUCGGGUUUGACUGAAGAAUCGGCGAAGUUUGCAACGAUGGGUAUUGGCGCUAUAAUGGUAGGCAUGACGCUGGUAUCUCUGCCUCUGAUGGACCGCACCGGCCGACGCACGCUUCAUCUCUACGGACUCGGCGGAAUGUUUAUCUUCUCGAUCUUCAUUACCAUCUCAUUUCUCAUAAAGGAGUUUUUUGGCUAUGUGCAGGAAAUGAUUGACUGGAUGAGUUACUUAUCGGUGGUGUCUACGCUGAGCUUCGUAGUGUUCUUCGCUGUAGGCCCUGGCUCCAUUCCCUGGCUGAUUACUGCAGAACUCUUCUCACAAGGUCCGCGACCAAGCGCAAUGGCGAUUGCAGUUUUAGUUAAUUGGAUGGCUAAUUUCAUGGUCGGAAUUGGCUUUCCUAGUAUGAAUGUUCUAUUGGACAACUAUACAUUCCUGCCUUUUAGCGUAUUCCUUGCAUUUUUUUGGGUAUUUACGUAUAAAAAAGUUCCUGAAACUAAGAACAAGACCUUUGAAGAGAUUCUGGCACUGUUCCGAAAUUCAAAUGGCAGGGACAGUUUUCGCGACAGCCGGCUGUAUGGAAGCAUGAUGAAUUGCGUGAACGCACUGGAACAGCAACUGCCACCUCCGCCACCGCCUGCUCCCGUUGACGAGAAACAUGAUUCAUUGUCGGAGGUGUCGUCGGGCGCGGGGGAGGGUCGGCCGCCGCCGCCUCUGCCGCCGCCGCGCUUCCCCACACCCGGCAACGUC